ACCAAUCCAUCAAUAACUUAUCAAAAUUUCCCUCCUAAUUUUGUGUUUGAUUUAAUUUUUAAAUAUUUAUACGUAAAAAUGAUUUAUACGAUAUGGCUUUAAAUGCCGAAGCAAUGAGGAAAAAAUCAAGUUGUACAUGUCCUCCAGCAAUUUACAAUGCUGCUCCCAAUAAUUAUGAAAAAAUCCCUUUUACGCGAUUAAACUCGCACUCAAAAUUUGAAAAUAAAGCUAUAAUUGGGAUGAUUUUCCAUUUGAAUCCGAUUGGAAAAAGAGUAAAUGGAUUUAUGCGAAAGCUUCUUAUUACUGAUGGCUUAGAAGAUCAAGUAACAGAUCAAAAAUUAACUGUCUUCUUGUUUAAUCAAUUUGCUGAAGAAUCACAAGUUGCUGAACUUGGAGGUUUCAUAGUGAUUGCCAAUUUCACAGUUGAAAAAUCAACACAUCAUAAAGAGGAGGAAUUUCCUUUUCAACUUUUGGUCCAGAAUGAAGAUUCACGGGUUUGGUUUGGGAGAAAAAAGUCCCCUUCAGAGCAGAUAAACAAAAAGAAAGCUAAAAAAUCUUUUGAGAAGAAUGAUUCCUUGAACGAAGAACCUAAAACGCUUAAACACCAUUAUGAGUACACACCACUGGGAGAAUUACAUGAAACUCAAGAGAAAUCGGACAAUUUUAAUGUUUAUGGCAUUGUUGAAAAAUGUGAAUUAAAAGUUACCAAAGCUGUCAAUAACCCAAAGAAAACACUAAAAGUAUCACUUACUGAUAAGACAGGAACAGAUUUUAUGUGCUCCAUAUAUUCGCCAAAAGAUGAAACAUUUCCUGAUAUUUAUCCAGGGGACAUUAUCCGAAUACACCGCAUGCAAGUUUCUAAAUUUCGAUCAAAGCUGGAAGGAAAAUGCCUAUCUUCCAAGUUCAUUUUAGUCUUCAGUAAACAAAAUGAGGGCCAAAAGCCACGAACUGUUGCAAAAUCGUUUACUUUUACCGAUGAAGAUGCAGCACAGGUGAAAAAUUUAUUUGAAUGGUAUGAUAAGAAAAAUCAACCAAAAUUAAUCAGUGAAGUAAAAAGGGGUGAUUUUGUAAAUAUUAUUUGUCAAGUGAUUGGUGUUUAUAUUGCAAAAAACUCAGACACUGUUAUUUUGAAAAUCUGGGACGGAACUAAGUCUAAUGAGAUCGAAAGUUCACAUUGGGGUUUGAGAGAAGAAAAACUAGAUGAAAAACUUUUUCUGAUUGCCAAAAGUUGUUAUGUUGUUUUACACGUGUAUGGUCGUCAUCAUUGUACAAUAGCUGCGGAGUUAAAGCCUGGGCAGUUUGUUGAAGUGCGAGAUGCCCAUGUGUACAGUCCCAAAGAAAAUCCUGAUGAUUGCAAACUCUGUUUAUUUGCUGGAAAUGAGGAUAAGAGGGGCAUCCAAGUCCUCAAUGUUGAUGAUAACCGUCUCAAUGAGUUAAAAGAAAGACUUGGAAAAAUCAUUGCUGAUGCAGAAGAGUUUGGAAAUCAGACUGAAGAUAUGUUGAAUGAAGAUAACAGCAUUUUUUUAAAUUGUGACAUAUCCGUCUUACCAACAAGCCAAAGAUCAUGCCUUACUGAGGAAGAAUGUGCCAAUAUUGAUGCUUUGAAUAAACCUCUCUCUCAGAGAAAUGGAGAUCAGGAGUUAUCUCAAGAACCCAAUGUUGUAUCAGUUGUCAAAGCUAGUAUCAAGCCAGGGCAAAGUACUCAAGAAUUCGGAGAAGCCCUGCAAAAAGAGUAUCAGCUAGUAGAUAUAACAGAUGAAAAUGAAGAAAAUGAAUUGCCUGCCUUUACUCAGCCAGAUCUUGCUGUUAAUAAAACUCCACUUGGAUUUAGACUGCUCUUGCAUAAUCCAUCCAGUCAGGCUGUAGAGACUUCGUUACCACCUUUUACAAGUGAUACUCCUGAGGAAUGGUGGACUUCCAUCUCUGCGGUCUCAGUGAAUGAUGGACAUGAAAAUGUAAAGCCUUCUUCUCUAGCAGAUGUUGUUAAACAUGAAGUACCCUACAAAUUCAGAAUAUUUAGUGUUGUCCUCGGAUAUAAGCCAAGUUUCAAACAUGCACAUGAGCUUAUCCGCAUGCGUUGUCCCUGGUGUUGGUACAUAACUGAUGACUUGCAACCUGAACUUGUGCCGCUGAAAGAACAAGAUGGGUUAUUUUAUUUCCAUUGCCCAGAUUGCUUGAAAAAUAGUCACGAAAAAAUCCUAGAAUACACCUACAUGUUUUCUUUGGAGAUGCAUGACGGCACUGGACCAUCUGUUCUAGAAGUUAAUAUUUGGGGUGAAAAUGCAGUAAAAUUUCUAAAAGGAAUCCCUCCAGAAGAGGUUCUGAAAAAUGCUGAAGCUGCUAGGGCAGUUUUAGAACUGUUAUGGAGCAUUUGCCCAAAUUCUCGGCCUUUAAACACAGAUAGAACUAUUACCAGUGAUUACAAAUCUUAUCCUAUUUUAGAUUGCUCAAUAAUGUCAUACGCAAUUUCUGGCCAAAUAUUUUACCAGCUGUUCGAUACCAUAUUAUUUUAAACUUUGUUGAAUAUAUUCUCUGUAAUUAUAAAUAUAUUUUUUUAAUUAAAUUAAUUUUUUAUAUUA